CAGAUAAUUUUCAUCUUUUUCUGGCAUAAUUUCCCAGAUCUUUUCACCUGAAACUGAGAACGAUCUCUCUUGCUCAAAGUGCCAUACUUUUUGGGUAGACUGUAAGCAUGUUUUCCGUGCUGUUUGUCGCCCUGAUGCUCAUCACCAUCGGUGGACAUGCUUCGCCGCAUGGUGGGCAUGAUUGUGUUGUUCAAAUGCUCACCACUGCCGGUAUAGGCAACUACAAUGCUCAUACGUACGCGAAGCGCAUUGCCCAGGCCGACGUGGAACCGGACGAGCUUAAGGACGCGAUUUCGCUGACGUUGCGAGUUGUUGGUAUCGACGACGAGGAGGAUCAGCAAAGAUUCAUUGCCUGCUAUUCGUCGUCAGUUGGCGACUCUGAGAGGCCGUCUGCUUGCGUGGGAUACAGUCCUUGUACCGAACACUCUCGCUGCACAGCAUACUCUGCCGUCGCGAAGCCUCACUUCCUCUGCAAGGAUUACGAUGGUUGCCAUGACAAUCCUUGUCUGAACGCGGGCAAGUGUAAGGCUGUUGACAAGACCUUCACUUGCGACUGUGCUAUUGGCUAUACUGGACGGCGCUGUGAGGAGAAGUGGCAAACGAAGGCCAAGGAGGAGGCGCGUCUUGCAAACGUCGUGACGGCCGUCGGCAAUUCAGCGCAAACGCGACAUGGUCAGUCCAUGGCUGCGAUCGCCUCCCUGCGGUCAUUGGUCGAAGGUCUGGUGUCGAUAGUGUCGGGAAUCGAUAGCAAUGUUAAGGCAAGCAAGUCAGUUCUUAUUCCCAGCAAGCGCUAUGUUGCCUAUAGCGAGGAUCUUUCCUGGGACGGUGCCAGGGAUGCAUGCAAGGCCCGCGGCGGAACAUUGGCAGUGAUCCGAAACGCGGAGGAAAACGCUGCCUUUACUGCCGCAGCUGCAUCCCCUAACCCCAACUUCUGGAUCGGUGCCAAUGACAGAAUCACGGAGGGAACAUAUGAAUGGAUCACCGGUGAUCCGUUUACGUUUACUAACUGGCGCAAUGGCGAGCCGAACAAUGGCCAAGGCGUGGAGCACUGCAUCCACGUUAAUGAUGGCGCCUUCAUGUGGAACGACAUCAGUUGCAGUUCACACAUUGGGUACGUUUGCCAGUUUGUGUGAGUCAGUGGUCGUGUAGUCUACUAUUGGUUUUACUGCUCCAUUCUCAUGAUUGGGCUGAAAAGCUAAUGCGCUGAUUUGCCUUCCUUGGAACCAUUUUCGAGUCCUUAGACUUCAUUGUAAUCAAGUCUCUUUCAACGCUUUCUUAUUCUCCCCUUACCAUUCACAAUGAUGUCUAUUUCUGCCCGUUAUUAAUCCCUCUCUGUAAACAUGUACACGCACCUUACAUCAUAGUUUUCCUCCAUCUAAACCAACGAUAGACUUUUCUUUCUCCAAUUCUCUUUGGCACCACGAACGUAUGAUCUCACAGCCUCAAGCAUUCAUUUUGUUGUCUCCAUUCAUCCACCAAAGCCCAUCAGUAUUUGACGAAAAAAGAAUUCAUUAUUACCAA